UGUAGUUUGAUGGCAUCUAGAAAAACAUUUUUGGACCUCUUGGGUAGGUCGUUAAUGGAUGACUUGCGUUGAUGUGGGUUGGUCUAUCCACUAUUUAAGAGCAUUGGUCGCAAGCCUUGCUGUUUACAAGCUCAUCCCUAUCCUGUGAGCGAAUUUACAGAAUUAUCAGAGAGGGCAAUGUGAGUUGCAUGAGUAAAUGUGAUCGUUACCGAUGAAUGGUUCAUAGAGGUCCCUAUGAGGGUCAUAGGAGUCACACAAGUGAGAGCGAUGGGGGGGGUGACAAAGGGAUGGAUAUCAGGGUCCUCGCUUUGAAUGAAGAGGUAAGUUGUGUUGUCACCUCCUCUUCUUGUGGUUUGGAGCAAUUCAAUAUCACAAAGAUUUUUGUAGCAACACGCUCAUGAUCCGCAUCCAAGUGAUCUUCAAGGGUGAUAUGCUAGUGGGGUUUGGUCAGAUAUCAUCAUGCUCGAUCGUAUCGAGGAUCGUGUGGUUUUGUUGCUCGACAAGCUGGGAUUCUGUCAUGGCAAUUGGUGCUGCCUUCUGUGGUACAGCCAUGCUUUGGGAGGAAAUAGACCCCAAAAAUUACUACGUCGUCUUUAAGGUCGAGCAGCCAGGGGUAUAUGACUCUUGGGCCAACUGCGAGCAUCAGGUUAAGUAUUUCAAAAACCUGGAGUUCAAGGAUUUCGGAACAAGGGAGGAAGCGGAAGCAGCUUAUAAUCUUUGUAAUAUGCCACAAAGAUUAAGCACAUGUGGUUGCAUUAACCAACAACAUUUCCAUGGCUACGACAUGGAUCAAUUUGGGCCAAGCACCAAUGCAGUAAUUAAACACGAUAACUAUAACAUGUGCACAAUCUUUGCUUUCAGUAUACUUCCAAUUAUUGUCUUUUUUUCUUUUUUAGAUUUAAGAUGAGAACAUAUUAGAGAACUUUGGAACCAUUCCAAUGAUGUUAUCUCACUAUUACAGGUUAAUGUUGAAUAAUAAGUUUU